UGUAGAGACCUGCGGGAGUUUUCCCAGUGAAGACAGCGCGGGCACGCUUUUGUUGUUCCUGGAAUAAAAGACAACGGGACAGAGAGACCAGUGAGUUAACCAGUGCCAGAUAAAAAUGCGCGCAUCACUUGGGGGACAGUUUGUUUUCGGCUGAUGCAGCGUGUGCAGCGUGGGUCACAUCAGCGCCGUUACGCGCACGGAUCUCCGGUCACCUGUUGAGGUUUCCCGACAGGCGGUGAGCUGUUGCACGCGUUGCUUUCAAACGGCCGAAUCGACUCGAAAGGGGAAUUAACCAAAUGCCUGACCCGUCCUCCGGUCUGUAUGAUGCACUGUCCCCUCGUUAUGUUGCAGGAUGAGCGCUGAUCUGGAGCGCGCGUCGCUCAACACACCCCUGAACUCGGGUGGCUCAGGCGGCCGUGCGCUCUCGGCGAACGUCCGGCGGCUCCACAACGCUCUGAACCUGCUGCUCAGCGACGUGGAGCGGGAGCACUUCAUUCACUGUCUCAAUGUGUACCACGCCAAGCGCAACGUCUUCGACCUGGUUCAAACUCUCAAAGUGAUUCUCAGCACGCCCGGCAAACGACAGCUGCUGCCCAUGCUGCGCCUUGUCAUCCCGCGGUCCGACCAGCUGCUGUUCGACCAGUACACGUCCGAGGGACUCUACCUGAAGACAGACCUGCUCCCCAGCAACGGCAGCGCGGAGAGCUUUGGAGACGAGGGUGACUCAGCUCUGCAAAACUAUGUGAGUUCCAUCCAGGAGCAGCCCCUCACCAUGGGCUGCCCGGACGGGUUCAGCGCCGCGGCGGAGCUCUCAGCAUCCUUGGCCCCGCAGUUCCUCGAGGGCUCCUUUGGAGAUGUGCGCCAGGUGACCCUGACGCGCUCCCGGAGCCACGAGGGUCUGGGCUUUAGCAUUCGUGGAGGGUCGGAGCACGGCGUCGGGAUCUACGUGUCCCUAGUGGAACCUGGCUCAUCGGCCGAGAGAGAAGGACUGAGGAUCGGGGACCAGAUCGUGACCGUGAACGACAUGAUGUUCAGCAAUGUCUCUCACAUAGACGCGGUGAAGGUGCUGAAGGGAUGCAAGCAGCUUGUGAUGUCAGUGUGUUCUAUGGGUCGGAUUCCUGGAGGCUACAUCACCAACCAUGUGUACAGUUGGGUGGAUCCUCGAGGCCGGAGUGUCUCCCCACCACCCGACAGCCACGAGAUAAACCAGAGGCAAGGACCCGGUAUGGAGGAGAGGAUGGUAAACCUGAAUAUGGAUGACGGUCGCUCUUUGGGCCUUAUGAUCAGGGGCGGUGCUGAGUAUGGCUUAGGGAUCUACAUCACUGGAGUGGACCCUGGAUCUGCUGCGGACGUUGGUGCACUAAAGGUGGGUGACCAGAUUCUGGAAGUGAACGGUCAGAGCUUUGUCACCAUCUGCCACGAUGAGGCUGUUCACAUCCUCAAAACAGGACGCCACCUGCUGAUGAAGGUGAGGGAUGUUGGUCGUCUGCCCCACGCGCGCACAGUGGUGGACGAGACCAAGUGGAUCUGUAGCCAGGGCAUAGCUGAGACCAACGCCACGGCUAACCCGAGUCCUGUCGCCAACCCCAGUGUCAAUGCUGGUGUCCACACCAGUGUCAGUGCCACUACCAGCAGCUCAAGACCAUCAUCAGCCAAAUCUUCACAUCUAAUAGCAAAGCCUGCAGUAUACAGAGGUGUGGGUCCGCCAGGUGUUCAGGUGUCUUUGGAGCAGCAGGCCUACAUGCUUCUGACAGAACCAGAGAGGAAGACCAUGGUCUACUACUUGCAGGAGUACCAGGAGGGACACAUAGGAGUGGAGCCACUGACCAUGGCUCUGUUUGAGCUCUUCAACACACAUGCAAAGCUGUCCAUGCUGUCUGAGGUGAGGAGCCUGGUGUCUCCCCAGGAUCUGGAGUUGUAUGACAGACUGGUGCUGAACCACGAGAGGGAAGCCCACCAGGCCUGGCACGGAGGCCUGGGGGUGCUGCACCCGCCGGGCCACUGCAACCACGCAGCUCCUGUGAUCCAUGAUACAGUGCACACUGUCCCAGCUACGUGAGAGGAGCUCCACCAAUCCUGUCGAUCUCCCUCACCCUUCCGAGCUGCUCCUCUCCAGGCCCAGAGCAGGUCACCUAGGGCGAUGGAUCUUGGCCGGAAGCCUUCGGCCCGGCUGAUGCAGCCUGGCUCCAGCAUGCUCUUCUCUGGCCCCACCCAGCUGCUGCAGGGCUGCCUCCACAAGUCGCUCAAAUCCCUCCCCACCACCCACCAGCCCUCCCCAACCUUGGCAGACCACAUAGGCACAGGAGCCAGCCACCACACCUCUCUCAAUGCCCUCCAUCAUACCUGCCAGACUUUCUUCCAGCUCUCUGACUCAGAACACCUCAACCAGCCACACUUCGCUCAUCACUUCCACCAACAUCCUGUCCAACACAAUAGGCCUAGUUCUGGACAUCACACCUGCCCAGGCUUCCUCAAGCACCAGGGCUCCUCCGGCUCUAAUUCACAGGGAUCUGUAAAGUUCCCCUCCAGAUCCAGCUCCUAUGAGAAGUCCUGCAUCUUGUCAAAGUCGGAUUCUUCUUCAAAAGCAGCCUCUCCCAUGCCAUCUCCUCAUCUGUCACCCCAUCCAUCGCCGUGUCCCUCCCCCUGCCCUUCUCUCAUCACACCUGCUCCUCCUCCCUGUACUCCAGACCUGCUCCGCUCACCUGCCCUCACUCAUAAAGUCAUCGUUACAGACACAAACCGUCUGUCUGCAGACUGCAGACCACAGCAAAGAGGGGCGACUCUGUCCCAGCUGUCAGACAGUGGCCAGACUCUGAGUGAGGACAGCGGGGUGGAUAUUGCUGAAGCAGGAGGUCUCAGUAAGGAUGGAAGCCCUCGACCCAGCAAGAACCAGAAGAACCAUCUGGAACAGCAAGGGGCCCAUGUACCACCUCCAGGGGCCACGAUACAACUGACUGGCUCACCGCUCCCAGCAGCCACCGCUACCCUUGUGCGAGUGGUGAAAAAUAGCAACACCCUUGGCAUCGCUAUUGAGGGGGGAGCCAAUACAUGCCAACCUUUGCCACGUAUAGUCACCAUUCAGAAAGGAGGCUCCGCUCAUACCUGCGACCAGCUGAAGGUGGGUCAGGUGAUCCUGGAGGUCAACGGAAUAUCCCUGAGAGGUCGGGAGCACAAGGAGGCUGCCCGCAUCAUCGCAGAGGCCUUCAAGACCAAAGACAUGGAUCACAUUGACUUCCUGGUGGUUGAGCCGGGACUCUAA